UUUCCACUUCAAGGACUCCAUAUAUGGCUUGGAAUUUUGGCCCAUUGCUUGUAAAUCAGAUUACUUAGAUAAUAGUCCUUCUGAACAAGCAGUGUGGUUUGACAUAUCAAUCAUGCCCAUGGCUAAAUGGUGGGGAACAUGUUACACAUCAGAUGGUGAUGCACCAUUGAUAAACUGCUGGACAUAAUCUUUCAAGACAGCUACUUAAGUGUGCACUUGUAAAAAAAAAUUGUAAAUAACUCCACUUACUUGUUUGUGUCAUAUUUUAAGUGUCCUGAAGACAUUUACUACUUCAGGGAUGUUUGCUUUACUGAAACACGAGCCAUAUCUUCUUGUGGAACACACGCGUUCACUGAAAAGAGAGGCAACACUUCUUAAAAAUUAACAUUUGGGCUCUGAAGAACAAAGAGGGUUAAUAAAUAAUAAUAAAAUAAAAAUUUAGGCUAAACUAUCCCUUUAUUAUCUGACAGUAAACUGACUAACUUUCACAAUAGUUUCCACUGUAUUGUUCUCUAACGUCAACGUCAGAAGUAUAUUUUGUGCAAGGUCCUCAUACUUUCAAUUUUUAUCAACUAUUUGAUAACCAAAAAAUUCAGAAUGUCCUCAUUUCAAAGACAAUUAUAAGAGUAACACGGUUCAGUACAGCGAUUCUCGGUCUCAACCAAUAUUAUGAGGGACUUUGAUCACGCUCACCUCUGCAUUUACUUCCUGGAAACGCGUUACCAUGGAGACGAUGGCGCCUACAAAUGGACGGGAAACGCUUGUCUAAACACGGCCAGCGUAACAACCCAUAUCUUUUAAAUCACAAAUAACAGUUUUCUGUCUUUCCUUUGUUUAUAUUUUUAUGAAAUGUACACUAGUAUUUGUUAAUUUGGUUUACAGGAAUCUUUGAAAACUCCCGUAAUGGAUGGUGACAGUGAUCAAAUAAAGGAGAACCUGAGGCUUCAGUUCCAGGCUCUGCAAGAGCAACAAGUACAACGUGUCCAAAAGAGACUGGAGAUGAGAAAGGAGGUGGACAGGGACAAUACAAGCUUAAAUGAUUUGGACAAUAUAAACCUGACAGAAGAAGAUGAUGGCAUGAUUGAUCACUUCAAUGCAAGGUUGAUGCAGAAUGAAAACGAGCAGUUGCAUGAUCAGCUGAGGGAGCUGAGAGAUGAGAACGGCAGACUCUAUAAACUGCUGAGUGAGAAAGACUUUGAGAUUAAACACCUGAAGAAGAAGAGAGAAGAGGACAGGUUAGCUUUAGCAGGCACCGCCGGUCUGGCAGGAGAGGCUGCAGCAACCAAAAUUGUGGAACUGUCCAAAAAGAAUCGUGAAUUAUCUGCCGAAAUGGAACGAGGGAAAACAAAAAUAAAAUUAGCAAACAACAGAGUCAAAGAACUAGAGAAAGAGAUUCAGGCCACAUUGUUACUUAAUCCUGGACAGAAGACAAACCAGAAGAAGGCCUCACGGACUGUGGAUGAAAAUAGUCCGGUGGUAAAAUCGCUACAGGAGAAGCUAUCUGCCUCCCAACUGAAAACAUCCGAGUAUCGUAACCAAAUCCAAUCUCUUAAGCAAGAAUUAAAAAUGGCUCACAAGGUAUUGAGCUGUGAGGUGGGUGAAGAAGUGAACAUUCAGCAGAUAUUGUAUAAUCCAGGAGGCUGGAGAGGUCGUUCCCAACAGAUCCUGGCCCUUCAGAAUAGAGUGCGAGACCUGGAGCAACAACUGAGUCAGUCGUCUCACAGGAAACAGCUCGAGGACCUCGGCCUGGAGGAGGACAUCAUCGGACUGGGCGGUCUGCAGAAGACACAAGACAGAAACUUCAGCCACAUCCGUAAUAUAGAGAAAGAGCGGAAGGAGACAUUGGAGAAGCUCACCAUGGACUAUGAAGUUCUUCUUGAAGAGCACUCAGAUAUAAAGAAGAAACUUGAGGGCUCCAAAGCCAGAAACAAAGUGUUGAGCACAGAGGUCAAAACUCUGAAAUCCCAGAUCUCUACCCUACUGGAGAAAGGCAGACAUGAUGACGAGCUGGUUGAUACCUUACUGAAGCAGCAGACACAGUGGCAGGCCAUGCUGGGUCAUCUGAGUCAGAAAGGGUCGCAGCGUGAGGAGCUCCAGCAGGGCCUGGAGAGACAACUGCACAGUGAGACCCAGAAGCACAAUUCCCUCAUCCAGCAGCUCAAACACAUGGUGUCAGAAAAAGAGAAGAAGGUCAGAGAGCUGGAGCAGGAGAUCCAACAACUGGCCAUCAAGAAGCAGGAGGCAGGUGACUCAGAUGGUAAGAUUGGUCCUAACAGCAGAUUUUUAACAUCACAACAAGAGAGCAGCAGGGAGUCAAACCGUACCAGCUGUUCAGACUGUGCUGUUAAAGUCCCGUCACUCCAGGCUCAGUGUUCAGAGUUUAAGGCUCUCUAUCAAGCUGCCAGUGUGGAGCGAGACAGACUGCUGGAGCUGACCAAGAUGUUACAGAACAGGGAAGAAGAGUUGAAGCGCCAGUGUGAAGAAGCCGAGCAGAAACUCAGACAAGAAUGGCAGCGUUCGGUCGUGCUGGAACAGCAGCUGGAGAAAGCCAAACUGGACUCGAGGAAAGAAUCAAGUCGGCCUGCAACUAAUCGGAGUAGAACAGGAAGCUCUGGCAGCUCUCUGAGUCUCCCUGAGAGACAGGAAGGCCUGUUUCCCAGAAGCCCCACAGAUGUCAAUCAUGACGCUCAACUUAAUGAACUCAGAGCCCGGCAUGUUUUCUUGCUCCUGCAGACUGGCACUGCAACUGGAGGAGAACGAGACCUUAAGAAACACCCUGAGGAACACCUUGAAGGAAAAGAAAGAGGGCCUGCAAUUCUACAAGGACAUGAUGGACCAAGCCAAACAGAGCUUCCAGCAAGCCCACAGAAAGCAUGAGCAGGGGACUUAGUUUGGCGGAAACCUCUCUUUUGAUGAUCGACCUCAAAGAGGCUCUUUGCUCGAAUACAGGGAUCCCUUAAGGACAAAACUGGUAUUGGGUGGACACUCAAGUCUUGUUUUUAUGUCACUCAAACAUCAAGACUCCAUCAACCCAACAAGCAUUGAGAGGUCACGGGAGAUAAAGCGAUGUUACUUUUUACAGCAAGGUGAGUUUGCAACAUUCAGAAGUUCUCAUCUGAUGUUAAAUUAAUACAAUGUACUUUGAAGAAAAUUGACUGGUUGUACUACUAAGAGAGACCUUGCUUGUUUAAAACAGUUUAAGUAAUUAUACAGGUAAACCAACAAGAUUUUCCAUUCUCGUUUUGGCUCCCUAAACUGGAAACAAACUUUCCUGCCUUCUUUCCUGACGCACUUUGCUCAUUAAUAUUUGAUUUGUGUGCCGCGGUGUGAAACCAGGAUGAAAAGUUAAACCAAAACAAGCCCCCCGUGCUUAAAAAAGCACUGCUCAUUGUACACCGCCACAAGCGAUAUGUUUGCCAUAAGUUGACCUCGCAUUGGCCAUCUUUCCUCUUGUUUACGUUUACCGUAUCAGCCUUUGCAUUCAUACAGGGCUUCAUGAGUUAUUCUGUUUCCUGGUUUGAGGUUUGAGGCCUCCCUUCCCAAUCACGCUUAAUUUAAACCUGUGGCUGAAGCAGUGUACACCUCUUGAAAUGGCGCACUAUUUCAUCUUCCCAGAAUCCUGAGGGACGCUGGCAAGCCGAAGGCUGUAAUGAGUGCAAAAGUACCACAAGACAAAAAUAUCAUCCAGGAUUGGAAAUGAUGAAAAACGCCUUAUUUACAUUAAGAAACAAAAAGCAGCUUGUGUUGCUUUAUGAGAUUUCAGGCAAGGGAUGUUUGACCGGGAAAGCGGUAUAAAGUUUUAAAGUCAACGCGAGAUUGAAAACGAUCCUGCUUACAGCACUUCGAAAUGGAUGUUAUUGCGCAUGAUUCAUCAGUGUAUGAUAGUUUACAAUCAUUUCUGUAUGAUUUAUUUAUUUAUUUAUAUCGAACUGAGAAAAAGGAAAAGUAAAUUACAACACACAAAUAAAUAUCAAAUUAACAAAAAGCUCACAUCAUUUGAAAAAGGAUAGGGAAAGCCCCUAGGCUUAUCAAAAUCUAUCCCCAAUAAUCACAGUACCGAUUAAAACUCACAUCAAACAAUUUAAAUUAACCAUAGCUUUAAAAAAUAUAUAGUUUCCUUGUAGUUGAUGUCAUCAAGGCUAGAAGUAACAUUACAGUAGUUUUUACCACACAAUUUUCUUAAUAAAACAUAUAAAGAGCCCAACUCAGGCCCUGAUCCCUUUAAUUGUAUGAUAAAGCUGUAUCAAUGUUCUUCUUUAAAAGAAACUCAUACAGUUGAUGUUUAAAUUACAUAAUAGUGAAUAUAUGAUGAAACUAUUAUCACUUUUAAAUAUUUAAACGUAACCGAAUGGCCUAAUUUAAUAAAAAAAACUUGAUUGUUUUACAUUAUAUUUGUGUGUAAUACGUGUUUUAGGUUUGUUAGGGUAUAGCAUUGCUAGCUUAGCAACAUCAUACUCUAAAAUGGAACCAAAAAUGAUGAGGGUUUCAUUUAUUUAAUUUAAGUUCUUGUAUAGAAAACAGACAAUGUUUCAGGUUUGUUUUCAACCUUUACAUACUUAUUGAACAUAGUUCUGACUGCAUUAUGUUGUUUUGUGUAUGUGAUUUAUGCAAUAAAUCAAUGAAAAUGAGUUUUCUGAUCAUCACAUUCUAUCAGAUUGACCUUAGAUUUAUAUCAGUUCAGUCACUACAAACAGACAUGAGGUAGUUUUGUUUGCCGAAACAAAGAUUUAAAAAUUUUAAACAGAUGUUAUGUUGUGGCUGAGAGCAAAUCUAUUUGAACUAUAUUUGGUAUGUAGCCUACUGAAAUAAAUCCAAUAGUGAGUUCAAUACAGUAUAUAGUUGCUAUAGCACUGUUUAAAAUGUCUUCUGUAUAUUAUUUGCUAAGAAUACAUUUUAUGAAAUUGUAAUGAUAUGAGACACUGUGGUAUUGUUUAUAUUAUAAAUAAAUUUUUUUGUUUUGAUAAUUAAAAUAAUAAAAAAUUAUAAAAGAGCACCUAUUUAAUUGCUUAGAAAAACAAUGUUAUUUUGUGCACUCUUAAAAUGAAUG